CUCCUUUCGCUGUUGCUGAACGGUGAGAAUCUGAAGUGCUGGUUUUGGGUUUUGAGCGUUUUUUCCUGUUCAGGAUUCAAGUUUUUUUUAGUGUGCAUUCAUUCUGAAUGGGGUUUAUUCUCAUACUCAGAUGCGCAAUGUGUCGACAGGAUGAAAGAGGUUUUUACAUCAAGCUGGCAGUUUCGCAUUUUUUUGCACGUUGAGGUUUUGCAAGAUUUUUUCUUUUUCUUUUUUUUUCCUUUUUGUUUUCUGUCAUAGACUUUUGCUGUAUUUGCGCUUUGCUUUGUAUUUGGCGGUGUGGCUCGUGCGAGUUUUGGGAUUUUGAUGGUCGCCGACCAAAAGCAAGCUUUUAUUUCCUCUCUCUUUUCUUUACAGAAGUCCUUUUUAAACCUGCUGCUGUUUUAAUGUGAAACUUUUCUCGCAGAUUACUGAUUUACAUGUUUUGUUUUGUUUUUUGUUUUUCCCUAAUCUUUGAUUUUUCUAUUUCCUCUACUUUCCUGCAGAUUUCAGUGUCAGAUAUGUAUUUUUUCGGAUGUUGUCUUUUUAUGAUAUGGUUAAUGCACAUGAAGUGCAUGUGAAGUGAAGUGAAAUGAAGUGAAGUGUGUCUUUUGGGGGAGGAUCUGUGCAGUUUUUUCCCUUUUUUUCUUUCUUUUUGGUUUCCGUGCCCACGAUGAUGAACAGACGAUUCUCCUUUCGCAGGAGAGCCAUCAGAAAAGGAUGACUGGUAAGAGUCAGACAAGCAACGUGACCAACAAGAAUGACCCACGUUCCCUCAACUCCAGAGUCUUUAUCGGCAACCUCAACACAGCCAUCGUUAAGAAGGCCGACAUCGAGGUCAUCUUUGCCAAGUACGGCAAGAUCGUGGGCUGCUCCGUGCACAAGGGCUACGCCUUCGUCCAGUACAUGAGCGAGAGGAAUGCCCGGGCUGCUGUCGCCGGCGAGAAUGCCCGGAUCAUAGCAGGACAACCGCUGGAUAUCAACAUGGCUGGAGAGCCCAAACCAUACAGGCCCAAAGCUGGCUCUAAAAGACCCCUCUCUGCCGUAUACACUGGAUAUGAAUUUGACUAUGACUACUACCGUGAGGAUUUCUAUAAUCGGCUCUUUGACUAUCAUGGACGGGUGGCCCCGCCUCCAAGGGCCGUCAUCCCUCUGAAACGCUCGCGUGUCGUGGUGCCGUCGACACGGAGAGGAAAGACUUCCUUCUCCAUCAAAACCUCCACCUCUUCGUCCUCACGGCCACCCUCAUCCUCCUCCUCCUCCUUUUCCUCUGGCCUCAAGCUGAAGACGGAUCAGCUCCAGACAAUCAAACGUGAGCUGACUCAGAUCAAGCUGAAGAUCGACUCUCUACUGGGCCGUCUGGAGAAGAUAGAGAAGCAGCAGAGAGCCGAGGCGGAGGCUCAGAGGAAAUAUGAGGAUAACUGCGACUCACUACAUGAGGAGUCCGUGUCAGAGACAGCGGAGAACUCGGCUGAGGAGGCAGGUGAAGGGACGCUAGACGCAGAGGCCGGAGAGAUGACUGACGGAGGAGAGGAUGACUACGAUGAAGAGGGCAGCACUGAUCUGAUAGAGAACCAUGUCUCUGACAUUGACAACUAAAGGCUGUGCCAAAUGGGAAAUCAACGCUGCUUUGUCACUGCAGUGUCAGGGGGAAGGAAGAAUGACAUGAAACUAUGGGAAAAGCUUCAAAAAAAGGGAAAAGAAAAAAAGAACUGAUAACUCAACUUGUAGAGAGACAAUGAGAGCAGGCGUAUGAUUGGUCCUGGUGAGAGGUGAAGCAGCGCACACUCAUGGACAAAUCUCUCACGGCCAGUCAUUAUCAAUCGCUCAGCAUUUCACUGGCCUCAUUUGAUUACCUUGAAAUAUUCAUUCGUUCAGAGGACGGAGCUUAACAUUGCUUGUAUAGAGUUAAAAUAAAAACGAACUACUGAGACCUGAUUAUAUGCUUUUUAAAGUGAUUUUACACAUUUAUUAUGAUUUGUCGUGGCAUUAUACGAUGCAUAAUCUUGGUUCUCCAUGUGUAAUGUUUCAGCUUGAAUAUUCCAGCUUGUUUUAUUUUCAUUAAAUGUCUGACUGAAUUCAACUUUUUUGUCUCUGUGAUAAUCCAUGUAAAUAUAGUGGCACUCCUGUGUGGGGAAAAAAAAGGAAUAAAGUGUUAAAGAGAAUGCAUUACUGUUAGUAAGACUGAAGAAGAUUUAUCGUCGUUCGUCACCUCAUGCAUUUGUUUCAUUAGAUUUUUCCAUUCUGCAGUGGAGGAAAGCAGAUGCUGCUGUAGUUGCUGUGGCUUCCCUCCGGCAAACACUGCCAUGUGCCUGUUUGCAGUCAUACUCUCUCUCUCUUUCCGUCUCUAAUUCCCUCUUUGUCCUUCUCUCAUUUCGCUCUCCAUCUCUCUAUCUUGCCAUAUUUCCAUCUUUCUCAUCAGCCCCUGAUCUCAUUCUCGUUCUUUUCUUCAGCCUCUCACAGCGCUGUGUAAUAACCGCCUCAGGUGUGCCGGCCCCACUCAAGCUUUCAGCAAUGGUGAUAAUAUUUACUUUAAUGUUCUACUGUUCACACUCCAUUAAUUCAGUGAUGUCCAAACAUUUGGUUGGUUUCUCGAACCAGUGCUGCACCUGCUCCUAAAUGACAAAUCCCAGUUCAGUCAGUCCAGAAAAAUAGCCCAAAGACUUUCAGCACUGUACUGCCACAUCGCGUCUGUAGAUUGGCCACAUCUGUCCUGAGAAAUAUCACUAAAUUAACGAGCAUUUGCUUCAUGUUUAUCCUUUUAACCAAUGUGGAGUCGUGUGUUUUAUUAUGUAUGUUUAUUAUGUAUGUGCUAUUGCAUUACAUUGCAGCUUUCUUUCUUGUGCAUACACAUCUGUGUGAGACGAGUCCAUAUCCAAAAUUCAGAUACGUUUAUACACAUGUAUUUCCACAUACAGCAUGUUUAAUGGAUGAUAAACUGCAGUAACACCACAUCUCAGUUACUCAUUGAUUCGUCUCAGUUCCACAGCAUUGAUAAUGGACUCUAUUUUUGUAUGGCAAAUUUUGAUGGCUUUAGAAAGUUCUGCUUCUUUUUCUUUUUCCAAUGUCCUAACUUUCUGUCCUGCAUCUGACUUCUGGAUAAUGUACUCAUGGAGAAAUGGAGAAUGUAAAGAAACAGAUAUAACAGAUUUAAAAAAAAAAAAAAAAAAGCAACAAGAAAAAACAAGGUUACUAACAUCAAAAGUAAUUUCUCAUUGUGGGCAACGUGUGUAUAUUAAGUCUUUUUUUUUUUUCUUUUUAAUAUAACAUUUCAGAGAAUAUGCUAUUAUAUACAGCCUACGAUCAAAAUUGGCCAUCAACCCAAGGACACGAUCCAUUGAAUAAAAACAUGUAUAGAAAUGUAUACUAUUUGUAAAGCUAUUUUUUAUGAUGAGCAUGUUUAUUAUUUUAAUGUAAUUUCCGUUUCGUUUCAGUUGUUGCAUUUAUUGUAUGGCUUUAGACUCCAUUGCAUAGAGAAAGAGCACUAUUAAAAUCGGUGUAUGUGAUGUGA